AUGUCGAACCAUCUUCCAUGCCUCCUUCAGCAAUCCACCAUCCCUCUAAACCUGCAUCCCCCUCACGUCAUCAAGCUGCAUCUUCCCCCGGAAAAGACGUUGUUUAUAGGACGGGAGAUGGAAAACCCGUAUCUUGUAGAGGCGAACCACCUGAUUCACAAGGUGGAGAUAGUCUUCAAGACAUGGGAGGAGCCAGAGCCGUUGAUUCCGGAAUUGGUAGCCAUGUUGUCGAUUCCCAAUGAGAUCAAUCGUCUUGUUACCUUGCUCAGUCAAGCUUAUGGGGUGGGUAGUCGUGCUUUUAUAGCUGCAUUGAAAGAAAUUAUCAAAAGAAACAAACCUAAUAUUGUAGUGCUGGUUGAAACCCAUAUGAGAGGUAAUCAUGCUGAAAAGUUGGCCACGGUUUUAGGCUUUAAUGGUCAUAUGAGGAUGGAUGCUACAGGGUUUUCGGGAGGUGAUUUCAAUGAAACUCGCUCCCCUUCGGAACGAAGUAACUCUUGUUCUGAAACUAAUCGUCGAUCUCGUAAUUUUAAUUCUUGGAUUGAGGACUUAGAACUAAUAGAAGUGGAAUUUUCUGGCCCCCAACACACCUGGGGCCGCGGAUUAUCUCCUGAAACUCGUCAAAGUGCUCGCCUAGAUAGGGUGCUUUGCAAUGGACCUUGGGGCCUAAGGUUUGGUAAUGCCAAGCUCCGACACUUACCUGCCAUUCAAUCGGAUCACAACCCUCUAUUCAUUUCCCCUAAUGGCUUCAUUCCGCUACAAAGUAUAGCCAGGCAGUUUAAGUUUCAAGCUACCUGGUUAUCCCACGAGAAGUUUAGAUCUUUUGUUGAGGAAAAAUGGUGCAAAAAUAAGGGACUUAUGCAGGCCUUAUCUUCUUUGGCAACUGACCUCCAAGUCUGGAACAAAGAGAUUUUUGGGAACAUUUUCAUUCAGAAACGUCACCUGUUAGCGAGAAUUGCGGGAGUCCAGUCUUCGCUUUCUUCUAGGAAGGAUCGGGGUCUUCUAAAAUUGGAAGCUAAAUUGCGCCUCGAAUUAGAUGAAAUCCUUCAUAGGGAGGAGCUAUUAUGGUAUCAAAAGUCCCCAGUUGAUUGGUUGUGUGAUGGUGAUCGCAAUACCACAUACUUUCACCUAAGUACUUUGAUACGCAGAUGGCGGAACAAUAUUGCUUCCAUAAAAGAUGGUGACGGAAAUUGGGGAGAGGGUAAUCUUCUUGAUGUUCCUCAAGAUGUUUUUCCGGAAUUACCUCGUCGUGACUGGGACGCUCUCUCUAAACCAUAUUCAAGAGUGGAAGUGGAUGUGGUAGUCAAGCAAAUGCAUCCGAUGAAGGCUUCGGGGCCCGAUGGUUUCCAAGCCCUAUUUUAUCAAAAACACUGGGAUUUGGUCUCCGAAAAUGUGAACUCGUUGGUGCUUGAUGUUCUAGCAGGUAAGGGUCUUCCCAAGGGUCUCAAUGAUACAUUUAUUGCACUGAUUCCCAAGGUGGAGCAUCCGGAGUUGGUAUCCCAGUUCCGCCCUAUUGGCUUAUGCAAUGUUAUCUACAAAAUAAUAACCAAGGUGCUUGUGAAUCAUUUGAAGCCAAUUCUACCAGGUCUAAUUUCGAAUACCCAGGCGAGUUUUGUUCCAAGGAGACAGAUUACUGAUAACAUUGUGAUUAUGCAAGAAGUUUUGCAUACCAUGAGGCGCAAGCAAGGUGGUAAGGGAUAUAUGGCAAUCAAAAUUGACUUUGAAAAAGCAUAUGAUCGACUUCGAUGGUCUUUUAUCCGGGAUACACUAUUGCAAAUGAAUCUCCCUCUUCUCAUGAUUAAUGUUAUCAUGGAAUGUAUCACUACAUCUUCUCUACAAGGCUAUUACAAAGCUCAUGUUAUUCAUGAUUGUCUCACAAGGUUUUGUAGUGCUUCAGGACAAAAAAUAAGUUUGUCGAAGUCCCGAGUUUUCUUUUCAAGAAACGUGGAUGACGGUUCCCAGCAUAACAUUUCUUCGGUGUUAAACAUUGAGGCCACGACAGACCUGGGCAUGUACCUAGGCAUGCCUACUCUAAUGAGCCGAGUGACUCGUGACACUUUUGGUCACAUUUGUGAGAAGAUAGAUAGGAAGCUAGCGGGUUGGAAGACGAAAUAUUUGUCGUUAGCGGGUCGUAUUACAUUGGCUAAAUCCACCCUCACUACUAUGGCUAAUUACUCUAUGCAAUCUGCUAAAUUGCCUCGAUCCGUUUGUGAUGAUGUUGAUAAAAGGGUGUGCAGGUUUCUAUGGGGUGGUACGGAGGAAAAACGAGCCAUCCAUCUUAUCUCCUGGGAGACUCUCCAAAAGCCUCAAGGUCAGGGAGGCUUAGCUAUCCCUUCGUCACGUCAGGCUAAUGUUGCCUUCAUGACAAAGCUUGGGUGGCGGUUGUUAGUAGAACCUAACGCUCUAUGGGCAAGAGUUUUGCGUGCUAAGUACUGCAGAGGACGGUGUGAUAUUGACAUGUUCUCACCUAAACCUGGAAUGUCAAAUGUGUGGAACGGGAUUACGGAGAAUGCAAAGUUGCUUUGUGAAGGUGCGCAAGUGGCUGUGAAUGAUGGAAAGACAACUUUAUUUUGGGAUCAUAAAUGGGCAACGAAUUCCACGCUAUCUUAUCUAGCAACACAGCCUAUUCCGGAUGAAAUUUUGGGAGCUACGGUUAAUGAAAUGUGGGACCCUAAUCUAGGAUGGAGGUGGGAAAUUUUUGCAGAUUAUCUCCCGCAAAACAUUCUCAAAAUUAUCCAAUCAUUUGAGGUUCGAGUUUCGGAGGAGCAGGGCGACUUGCUUUAUUGGCACCAUGGUAAGCAGGGUAAGUUCACGAUUCGCUCUUCAUUAUGUCUCAUGCAAAACAUAAGUGAUGCAAUUGAUGACGAGUGCUGGAAGCUCGUUUGGUCAGCCCCCCGUCCAACAACGUAUUCGUGCUUUCUUGUGGACGGUCUGCCAUGA